UUCUUGCUGAGCAUUACCAGUAAUUGGAGCAUUCCUUCUUCUUCUCUCAUAAUACUGUAAUUUAGGCUUGUGCCCCUCCCCUAUCUCCCUCCACUACACACAACACACGCACACAAGGGGCAUACUACAAUGACGGCAAAAGGCGUCCUUCGGACGAUGAAGAACUACACCAAGGGGUACUCGGAUAUACAAAUGAGGGUCCGGGAUGCCACCUCGAAUGAUGUCGGCGGCCCGUCGACGGCGCUGAUGAGCCAAAUUGCCCAGGCGACGUAUAACCAGCACGAGUUCCUGGAGGUCAUGGAGAUGCUGGACAAGCGCCUGAACGACAAGGGCAAGAACUGGCGACAUGUCUUCAAGGCGCUGACGGUGCUGGACUACUGUCUGCACUGCGGGUCGGAGCAGGUGCUGCAGUACUCGGUAGACAACAUCUAUGUGGUCAAGACGCUGCGCGAGUUCCAGCACAUUGACGACAGCGGGCGCGACCAGGGCGCCAAUGUGCGACAGAAGGCCAAGGAGGUCACGAUACUGCUGUUGGAGCCCUCGAAGCUGCGCGAGGAGCGCAAGAACAAGAACUGGAUGAACGACCGGAUGGGCUUCAACGAUCCCGGCGGCGAUAUGUAUGGGUCGCAGUACGGCAGCCAGGGCCCGUCACAGCGGCCGUACAAUCCAGCGCGUAACAUGAGCAGGACAAGUGGACGCGGUGGACACGGGCGCCAGAACAGCCUGUCAAAUCCGGACUACCGGUAUGGAGACGAAGACAGAGAUAUGCGCGACGCCAUUGCGGCCAGCAGGCGCGAGGCAGAGCAAAAGAAUGUGCCCCGCGGAUACGACGAGGAUGCUGAGCUGCGGCGGGCUAUUGAGGAGAGCGCACGGGAAGCAAAGGACAAUGAGAAGAAGGAAAAGAAUGCAAAGGCGAAAGCCAAUGGCGAAGUUGACUUGAUCGGCGGACUGGAUGAUGCGUUCAGUCCGCAGCCCGCACAGUCUGUCAGCCCGACCAACUUUAACCAGCAACAGCAGUUUAUGGACCAGCAGCAGUUUGGCCAGCAGCAGUUUAUCGACCAGCAGCAAUUUGGCCAGCAGCAAUUUGGUCAGCAGCAGUUUGGUCAGCAGCCGGUGUCGUCGGCCGCCAACGAUCUGAUGGGCGCCUUUGGCGGUGGUGGCAUGAUGGACAACAGCCAGUUCAACAGCAACAUGAACGCCAGCUCUGGUGGUGCAUUCGAUCCGUUCGGGCUCAAUAACAACACCAACCAGAUGAACGGCAUGAACCAGAUGGGCGGCAACAUGGGCGGCAACAUGGGCGGCAACAUGGGCGGCAUGGGCCAGAUGGGCAACACCAACCCGUACGGCAACAACAUCAACCAGUUCGUCUCCCAGCCCAACUUGGCCACCAAUCUCCUUGACUCGUCCGCCGGCAUGGGCACCGCGAACCCGUUCGGCCAGAGCACUGCUGCCCUAGGCAUGCCCAGCACCAGCAGUCCCUUUGGCAGCAUGGCCCAGCAAGCCCAGAGUACCAACAACGUCAGCCUCCUGGGUAGCAACACCUUCGACGGCGCAUCCGGUGCCUUCGGCAACGCAUUCGACGGCGGCAAUGCAGCUAAGCCGCUGCCCUUUGGUGUCAACCCGAGGGACGCCAACUCGCGGCUGGCUGAAAUCGCACGCAACAGCGACAAGAUCGAUCCGUUUGCCAGCCUCGCGCUCAGCUCAAGCAGCAGCGCACAGGCAAACCCGUUUGGAUCGGCCACCAACACAACAGCAACGCCGUUUGCCGGCAUGACCGGCGGGCAUCCUUGGUGGAUCUAAGCCCGGCGGCUCUGACUACGUCGUCGAGCACGCAGCAGUUUGGCCAGGUUAGCCGCAAUCCGUUUGCGACCGGCGGAAGCAGUGCCGCCAUGACGCCGACCGGAAGGCAGCCGAGCAUGAACCAGCUGAUGGGUGCUGGCAACCAGCAGAGCGCGAUGAUGGCACAGCAGCAGCAGCAGCAAAACAUGGGCAUGGGCAUGGGCAUGGGCAACAUGAACGCCAUGAACAACAUGAACAACAUGAGCAGCAUGAACAUGAU